GACCCAGUUUCCUCCACGUACACCAUUAUAUGUGAUCUGCCAUUUUCUAAGAGGAAAAUGAAUUUCUUUAUUCCUCCAUCAUAAUGCCUUAAAUUAUACAUCGAUCAUAAAUUAUAAAUUGGGCAAUCCUAUAAAAUUGAUUGGUAGCCAAGAGCCGCCUUCCAUACAAGCAGCCUGCUCAACUCUUGACCUCGCUUGUUAUGAGUUUUUAAUGAAGUUUUAGUAUUACUGGAUAGUUGAAUUCUCUUCCUGAAGAAAAAAGUCGACAAUGGCAAAUUCAUUGGUAAGUGGGGUUGGAGUGGGGCAUGUGAAUAUAGGCAAUUUUUCAGGUGAAGGGAGGGCGGUCCAUUUGCAGAAGAGAAUGAGUUUGGUGAGGUGGGCGCCCAGGGGAGGAGCUUUCAAGUCCACCGCCUGUGCAACAGCUUGCUUGGCAAGUGGAGAGGAGAAGAAGAACUUGAGGAUUCUCAUUGCAGGUGGGGGGAUUGGGGGACUGUCUCUGGCUCUUGCUAUGAAAAAUAAAGGCUUUAAUGUUAAAGUAUUUGAGAAGGAUUUGAGCGCUGUGAGAGGAGAGGGUCAGUACCGAGGUCCAAUUCAAAUCCAAAGCAAUGCAUUGGCUGCUCUUGAAGCAAUUGAUGCUGAUGUUGCAGAGGAGAUCAUGGCCAAUGGCUGCAUAACUGGUGAUCGAAUCAAUGGCCUUGUCGACGGCCUAACUGGUAACUGGUACAUCAAGUUUGAUACAUAUACACCAGCUAUAGAAAGGGGGCUUCCAGUUACACGAGUAAUUAGUCGAAUGACUUUACAACAAAUUUUAGCACGUGCUGUUGGUUCAGAGAUCAUUGAAAAUAGCAGCAAUGUGGUGGACUAUAAAGAUGAUGGGAAAAAGGUAGCAGUAAUACUUGGGGAUGGUCGAGAAUAUGAGGGUGAUCUUUUGGUUGGUGCAGAUGGGAUAUGGUCAAAGGUACGCAGAAAAUUAUUUGGUCUGAAAGAAGCGACAUACUCAGAUUAUACAUGCUAUACUGGCAUUGCAGAGUUUGUACCACCUGAUAUUGAAAAUGUGGGGUAUCGAGUAUUUUUGGGUUACAAGCAGUACUUUGUUUCUUCUGACGUUGGAGGUGGAAGGAUGCAGUGGUAUGCAUUCCAUAAUGAACCUGCUGGGAAUGAUGAUCCUCAUAACUGUAAAAAGAAGAGGCUGUUGGAACUAUUUGGAAGUUGGUGUGAGGAAGUAGUAGACUUACUCUUAGCAACACCAGAAGACAUGAUUUUGCGUCGAGACAUUUAUGAUAGGGAACCAAUUUUUACUUGGAGCAAGGGGCUUGUGACACUACUUGGCGAUUCUGCCCAUGCCAUGCAGCCUAACAUGGGUCAAGGUGGUUGCAUGGCAAUUGAGGAUAGCUAUCAACUCACCCUUGAAAUUGACAAAGCUUACAAAGCAAGCCGUGAGACUGGAAAAUCCGUUGACAUUACUUCUGUAUUGAAAAUAUAUGAAAAAGAAAGGAUAUUACGUGCUGGUGCAAUACAUGGAAUGGCAAGAAUGGCAGCAAUAAUGGCAUCUACUUACAAGCCCUACUUGGGUGUUGGACUUGGGCCUCUAUCGUUUUUAACAAAGCUGCGAAUACCACAUCCAGGUAGAGUUGGUGGAAGAGUUAUACUCCAAACCUUUAUGCCCAUCAUGCUGAGCUGGGUGCUAGGAGGCAACAGAUCAAAGCUAGAAGGGUGGACACCAAGGUGUAGACUUUCUGAUAAAGCAAGCAGCGAACUACAGCGAUGGUUUGUAGAUGAUGAUGCAAUGGAGCGAGCUAUUGAUGCAGACUGGUGUCUUGUACAUGCAGACGACAAAAUGCCUUCCCGAAUAUCAAGUGCUUCUGGAGUUGUUCGUUUGAGCAGAGAUGAGGAUAAGCCUACUUUCAUUGGGAGUUACGUUUCUCUUGUCAGGAGCACUAUGUGUACAUACUCAGAAGGUGUGCCAGCAGUACUACCAUAUCCACAGGUUUCUGAAAGGCAUGCAUCUAUUACAUGCAAAGAAAAUGCAUUCUUCCUGACUGAUUUAGGCAGUCAACAUGGCACCUGGAUCACCGAUGAGGAGGGUAGAAGAUACCGUGUUCCUCCAAAAUUGCCUGUCAGGAUACACCCUGGUAAUGUAAUAGAGCUUGGAAGAGACAAGCAGGCUGCAUUAAGAGUGAAGCUAUACAAAACCUUACCCGAGGAGAAGUAUGUUGAACAAAAUGUGCCAGUUUUGGGUGCUGUAUAGGAUAUGAUUAGCACAGAGUAUCUAAAUGUAUCAAGGAUCCUACGUUGAAUAUAAAUUAUUUCUGCCGAAUAUCAAGUUUCUUAACCAUGUAUAGCCCACCACCCAUUUAAACAUUGGAAAACAUUAUUGUUGCACAGAAGCUUAGUUGACGACUGAGGAAGAAUGUAUGGAUCAAAUAUAUAGAAUAAAAGUUGUUUCUUGAA